GCGCAUGCUUGGUGACCGACAAAGUUCAUUUUCCAUGUAAACUUGCUGGAGGCUCUUCGGGAACUAAAGCGAACAUGUUGCGUUCUGCCAGGAAUUUCGUGAAGAUUUGGGAUGCUGUUGGAAAACAGACAUUACUGAAGACUGUCGGUGCUUCACAUGCGGCUGUUCAAAGAUGUUACGCAAGCUCCGACUCCGAUGCAAAAAAGGAGUCCAAGUCCUUCGCCAUGAACCUGUUUCGGGGGAAGAUCCAGACAGACCAAGUCUUCCCUUUCCCGGAGGUGCUGUCAGCAGAGCAACAGGAGACACUUCAGAUGCUGAUAGACCCAACUGCCAAAUUCUUUGAGGAAGUAAAUGAUGCCUUGAAGAAUGACUCCAUUGAGAAGGUGGAUGACCCGACCCUUGAGGGUUUGAAAGAGCUUGGCGCCUUUGGACUGCAAGUUCCUGUUGACCACGGUGGACUUGGACUCUGCAACACACAGUAUGCCCGCCUGGUCGAGAUAGUCGGAGCACAUGACCUGGGCGUCGGCAUCACCCUCGGGGCACAUCAGUCUAUUGGGUUUAAAGGUAUUCUGUUGUUCGGCAACCCAGAACAGAAGAAGAAGUACCUGCCAAAGCUGGCGUCCGGGGAGACGGUAGCAGCUUUCUGUCUCACGGAGCCGGCCAGUGGAUCCGAUGCCAGUUCCAUCAAGACGAGAGCAGUGCCCUCUGCAGAUGGCAAACACUAUAUUCUAAAUGGCAGCAAAAUCUGGAUCAGUAACGGUGGCCUGGCUGAAAUCUUCACUGUCUUUGCCCAGACUCCUGUGACAGACCCUAAGACAGGCCUUACCAAGGACAAGGUCACUGCAUUCGUCGUGGAGAGGAGCUUUGGUGGAGUGUCAAAUGGCCCCCCAGAGAAGAAGAUGGGCAUCAAGGCCUCCAACACGGCGGAGGUGUACUUCGAGGACGUCAAGGUCCCGGCCGAGUGUGUCCUGGGAGGUGAAGGUGGAGGGUUCAAGGUCGCCAUGAACAUCCUGAACAACGGGCGGUUUGGGAUGGCUGCAGCUCUCUCUGGCACCAUGAGAUACUGCAUCCACAAGGCGGUGGAGCAUGCCUCUCAGAGAACUCAGUUUGGCAAGAGGAUCGACUCCUAUGGAGCUAUCCAGGAGAAGAUUGCCCGCAUGACCAUGAUGCAGUAUGUCACCGAGUCAAUGGCAUACAUGGUUUCUGCAAACAUGGACCAGGGCUCCACAGAGUUUCAGAUUGAGGCGGCUAUCAGCAAGAUAUAUGCCUCUGAAGCAGCUUGGUUCUGUGCAGAUGAAGCUAUACAAAUCUUGGGAGGAAUGGGUUUCAUGAGGGACACUGGUUUGGAGAGAGUGAUGAGAGACCUUCGUAUCUUCCGCAUCUUCGAGGGAACUAAUGACAUCCUGCGUCUCUUCGUAGCAUUGACAGGAAUUCAGUAUGCCGGAGGUCAGCUGAAGGAGGUACAGAAAGCACUGAAGAAUCCAGCAGCCAAUGUCGGGGUACUUUUCAACAUGGGGUCCAAGAGAGCCAAGAGAAUGGUUGGCAUGAGCUCUGGGCAGUCACUGAGUCAGUUUGUCCACCCCGACCUGCAGGACGCAGGCAGUAAGACUGCCAAAGCGAUCGAGGAGUUUGGAGGAACAGUGGAAGAUGUGCUCAUUAAAUUCAACAAACAAAUCAUAGAUGAACAGUUCGUCCUCAAGAGGAUUGCCGACUCUGCCAUUGACAUCUAUGGCAUGGUAUCAUCCCUGUCCCGCGCCUCACGGAGCAUCAACCAACAUCACCAGUCCGCCCAACACGAGAAACUUAUAGUGAAUGUCUUCUGUGACGAGGCUGCAGAAAGAAUCACAACCAAUUUGGCUGCUUGCAAUAACAAGCAGUCAAGGCAGAACUUUGACAGUUUGGCGCAGAUCUCACAAGAUGUUGUUGGAAAUGGCGGUCUCUUUCAGCAGCAUCCACUGGGAAUGUAACAAGUUGGACGAAACUUGAUUUUGUUUUGUAUCCAUUUUUGGUCAUCACUUUGGCUUCAUCAACCAGAAUAGAAAGAAUGAGCACAGGCUUGACACUGGUGGCAAUUGUUUUGAUUUGAUUUGAUAAAUAAAAUUCUAGAAACAUUUCCUGAAUAAGUAUCAAGUUUUAGAAUUGUAUGUGAGCCAUGUUCUAUUCUUGGGAAAGAACCUGCUCUAGUUUUUUAUAGUUACUGUUUUGUUAUUUAUUUAAGCGUACCAUUUCUUGAAUGCAGGUAAAGUUUGGCCUUUUAUGAUUCAACAAGUUUACGUUUUGUAUAUAGAAAUUGGGGAUGAUGUAGCUAAAUUGAUGACUCUGCAAAUUAUGCCACAGAUCAAUAUUGUACAUACCAUUCCAGUAGGGAGAAAGGUAGUGUGUGUGUGUCUGUGUGUCUGUGUGUGUGUGUGUGUCUCUGUCUGUGUCUGUGUGAGGUGAUGUUUGUGACAGAUGGUUGUGUCGGCUCCAUUUGUACAGUGUUUUAUGAUGCAUAAUUUACUAACAUAUCAAAGCCUAACCAUAACAUCAUCAUAAUGGAAUCAAUGUAUGUUCAACACAUGAGUUUACAUUCACACAUGAAGCAACAAUAAAAUGGUUUUGUGAUCA